CUUGUGGCCGCAGAUUGAGUUUCUCUUUGGUGCGAACGAUCGAUAGAUUGCAAUAGUCUGGAGCAGCGCGACGAAUUAGCUGUAUGGAACUUUUUGAGUAUUUGUAGUUACAAAACAUAGUCAGGCUGUUUUUGUCGUAGCCUCAAUCUCUUCAGUGAGUAUCAGUAUUUGCUUCUAGAACAACCAUCAUUGUGAACGGGGUCAAAGAAUGAAGCAAAGACGUGAUGGUACAUAUAUCAGGGACGACUAAGGGUAGCGCAAUUCUACAAUUCUUGAAAAAGAGAAGAAGGAAAGAAGGGCCGCCUGCUAUUUGAAGUCUCUUCAAUUUUCCACGAAUGAGCACACUACUACUACUACUACUACUCCUACUACUACUACUUUCAGGGCACUUCGACGCCUUACGUCUCAGCAUCGUUCUCGUAGCUGAUGUUGUCACGUAUGGUCGAUUAUAUGUGAACUGGUAGACGACAUACUCUAAGGUGGUGAUUGGAAGGUGGUAGUCAAAGCUAGACAGGAUCCAGAUAUCGGUCGAAAAGAAGAAAAGCAAAUCAAAACACGAAUCGAAGAUCCGAACUUAAGACGUGCGAAGAAAGUCGACUUCAAACGUGGAAAUUUCAAUGCGUGCAAUGAUCGAAAUCGUGAUCGAAGUCGACCUUGAGUCUGAAACUUGCUGUUUGAUGAUGAAGUAGAAAGUUGAAGUUGUUGAACGAAAGGUUGUGUAUGAAGUUGUUGAUCAUUUCACUUGGAGAAACAUAGAUCGAAAGUAAAAGAGCCUCAACAAAUCCUCACACAACCCAGCCAAACUUAGGAUUGUAAAUCACUUGGUAAGCCCGUCGGCCUAGGUGUAUAUCAUAUAAAUUGUUGAUUGAUCUCCGAUAUUGAAACAUAACAUCCUUUGCAAGCAUAGUUAUAUCCAAAACUAGAAUUACAUAUAGUUGAACACCGUCCAACCAUAAGCUAAGAACUAAACAAGAUAGUUAGAACGUAACUAGUCCGUAGUGAUCAUUUGAAACAUAUCUUGUUUGUACUAUUGUUGCUGACGCCUCCGCGCAGCUGUAAGUGUAACUGUUGACGCCUUCGCGCAACAAAGGGUUAGUCACUGACGCCUCCGCGCAGUGUUGUUAGUAGUAGUUCGAACCACGAAGAACAGUUACAUAGUUGAUCCCAGACCUUCGUCGGGACUUAAACACGACACACCAAAGUGACGUUUUGGAAAGACAUAAACGAACCACAAAGACUUUGAGUUGUUUAGGUUAGGCCUCCGCCAACCCCUUUCCACACCGUGCGUUGCAAGUAGGUUAGACCUUCGUCAACCGAACAAACCAAAGUUGUAGUUGUUGAGUCCAAAGGAGUGGCUACAACGAUAGUGCAGGUCCCAGAGACUCGGUGUUCUGUAUCUAGCUUCCCGCCUUCCAAGAUCCCGAGCAGAGUAUCGCUCAGCCACUUUUACUUAACCAAGUGGUGGAGAACGGGUGAUGGACGGUUAGCUGAUACAGUAACUAACGGAAAGUAGAUUAGUAAAGUUUAACAUGCAGCUAGGGUUCAAAGCACCGAUUGAAGAAGUUGGGUACGAUUUAUCAGAAGGUUUUAGAGUUGCUGCAUUGUAUAACGAGCUUGAAUCAUUGCACGAAUUAUUGGAAAUAUUUUUUGGCUCUGUGCGUCCGGCAAGGGCUCACUUUGGACCUUCGCUAGAAGAAAUCCAAGAGCUAGGCGCACAGACCCCAAAAGGGGUUCGUGUUUUGGUAAAGAAGACUAACUUGGGAUUAUACGACCGAAUAGAUACGAUCGAGAAUAAAUUAGAAGACAUUGGUUAUUGUUGUGCUGAACUCCUCGCACUGAAAAGGGAACAGCUUUUGUUAGACGGACGCCUCGCCGUGUCUGGCUUACACACUUCUGUUACAGCCGCCCGAAUCUCAGUGCAACAACUGGUCGGAGAUUAUACCUUUGUCGAUCGUUUAGAAUAUAAUACUUGUUCGUUCGCAGCGGGAAAAUUGUCCGAAUUGUUUAAACAUACCCUUAGUUCUUCCAGGUCCUUGAUCUGGACCGAGAUCCAAACUAAAGGGACCGCUUGUCGCGACUAUUUUAGAUCUCCCGGUGGGCUGUAUUUAGAAUAUUUCCAAUUUGCGGGUGGUAGCGUCGUUGAUCGUAACGUUGACCUCGUGCCAACCAAUCGACCCGAGUACCUCCGUGUUAAACGUGAACAACUUUUGAACGAAGGAUAUAAGAAAGUUAAUAUCAAUCAGAUCGUCCGCGAGAACCGAUUUUUUGGAUUAAAACGUGGUCCUAGAUCCACGACACUUAACGGAGCACACGAAGUGCUUUUGAAGGUUUUCCCUACCUUUGUUAUUGAUCAUAUACGGGCUGUCCCCCGGUCUCUCUGGGCUUCUUCGGAAUAAAGAAGUAAAGGAAGAAAAGUAGAUAACCCUUGCUAGACGGUUGGACGGUAUAACGAAUAGAGAACAAUAUGAUUAGCUUAAAACAUGGAACGCUCGCGGUAUAAGAUUGCCUUCGUGGGUGAGUCGAUUCCUGAGAAACUUGACGACGCUAUCCAUCGAGUUAAUCGCGCGCUGCGGAAAGGAACAGUGCAAGUAGUGAAGAAAACAACAAUUGAAACCGUUGUUGCUGAUCCAAUUGCUGAAUCUAGUGGCUCCGAGAGCCCUCAAGCCACUUCGCGUGCCGCAACUCGUCGCGUGUCGGUGCCCAGUUCCGAAGAACCGACGAUUGGGAAAACCCGAGGAGCAAGGCUUGACAGUUCGACUGGCCUUUCGGUUUCGGUACAAGAGGCGGAGCUAACGCAAGGUGCACAACCCGUUUCGUUAACGAAAACUCAGAAACGAAACGCAGCAAAGCGACGUGCGUUGCGCAAACAAGUACUUGUAGAACUCCAAGCUGGGACGAGUGGUUCGAAACCUCCGUUGAGUGACCUGAACCACUUGCGAAACGCUGCGGGACCGUGCUCUGGUUCUGUUGGUAAAGAGGAACGACCACCGUGUCGUUCUGAAUACCGAAGAAAGAACGAGGCACCGCGUCUAGCGGACGUUUUAGUUGGUUCGGAGGCCCCACGAACAACGGGAGCGUGUUCUUCGCGAACAUAUUUCAAGACCAAUUCGCCAGCAAGGACGACGGGAAGUUGUUCAAACGUUGUUCUUUCGCGACCACCGCGCAAUCUGAAUUGCCGCUCGGUGUCAGUCCAGAAUCCCCGGUUUGACCGCCCCCGACCUGGAUUGCUGAUCCUGAAACGAGACAAUUCCCGCAGGUCGCCUGAACGAGAGCGUAGCCCUCGCCGUCGGGCCGAGAAACUUGAUCGACGUUCAAUAUCGAUCCCUCGACCGAAAUUUUCAGCUCCGAGUUCGGAGAUAGGUGCUGAACAACGACCCCAAAAAGGAGUUUCCCUCAAACCGCGAACCGGUGCGGUGCAGGUAAAGAGGCCUUCUUCGCUUUCGUUGUCUAGUUCAGAAGAGCCUGUAGUUGCUCCACCAGUACGAACGACGGUUCCUGAAGCCUCGGAACGCGUUCACCGUCGUCGAUCUCCUGCAUUACCUCGAGGCCGACCUGAUCGCAUCAUUAAGCGGGCCGACCGCUCUACUGGGGUGGUGAACCGAGAAUCUCCUAUUCUCCGUUCUCCGAACGACGUGGUCCAAACCACUCGCGAGAUCCUCCAAAAGAAAACGAGUGAGGAGACGAACCAAGAACGGGAGAUAACUCCCAGAAGGGGUCCAGCGGUCAAUGAGACCGCAUCGGCAAAUUCGAGUUGAGUAUCUGGCGGGACCGAACAACGACCGAGCGGUGGUUUUUGAACAAAUUUCCCAAAGCUCCCUCGUUGCCCCACUCCGAACCCGCGGCAUCAAACUAGUUCGGAACAAGAGAGUAGUUACGCUUUCGUUCGAAAGACAGCUCGGGUUUCAGAUCUUGCCUUUGUGCUACCAGAAAGCCGGACUGACGUAUAACCGCUCCGGGGCCUUGUUGGCAACGAGCGGGCAGAAAGAGCCUGACCUCAACUUAGUUCCUAACGAAAUCACGCCGUUCUUGCGCUGGAACGGCCAAUAUACCUGGUCGGGUGUUGUCGAAGCCGGUCGACACAAGCUCGAUAUCUCGACUUGGAGUUACGAGGCGGUCCGAGUUGAUAAUUGGGUUUCUGUGUGGGAUCCGGAAGAAACACGUUUCUGCCAAUUGCAUCGACUUCGAGUUGGAAGGGAUUACCUCCUUGAGAGUGCGGACGACCCUGAAAGGAUCCUGAACUCUAUUUUUGGACCUCCUCCCGCCCCUGUUAUUUCGGAUAGAGAGUGGUCUGAACUUGGUCGACCUCAUGAGCUCCAGUGGCUUCCGCCCCUCCGGGUCCCCGAAGGACCGCGGGCGAGUUGUUCGCCCAAAGGGACCGGCAAUGGAACCUGACUUGAGCUCUGCAAGAGAAGGUGUUCCACCGGUGGCUCCGUUUGUCCGCGCUGCCCCUAACUCCGGUUCUAGUGUUGCCCCCCGUGCCUUGAGCCAGAAGUUUGAUAGUUUUGGACAUAUUGUGUUCAACUGGAAAGAUCCGCGGCAAGGUCUGCGGAAACUCGAUGGUGCAGACGUUUUCCUCCAAAAGGUCACUUACCGUGGGUCGACGAGCGUCUUUUACGGGUACUGGAAAGACGAAAGUGGACAGACCAACCAAGGCUUCCUUGGUAUGUCUCGCGGUGACCUCGGGCGGUGGAGUUCUGAACUUCGGGUUACCAGUGCCGAUGUUUUACAAGCGGAACUGAACAUUGAUAGUGUCACGACUGAUGAGUUGUUGCAACGCCCUGACGUCGACCCUUCAAGCUGCUUUGUUACACGCGGCCACGAGUUACCUGGAAAUACGAAACGUGUCAUGAACAGUGCGAACACAUUGUUGGAAAGACAUUGUGUGACCACCUCAACGGUGGGACGUUCGUCGAUACUUUCGCCUCCUCCUGAAAUCCGAGCAGAUGAAGCGGCUGGGUCCGGCUCGUCUUCAAGUUCUCGACAGGUUGCACCUGCGGUGGUUCCUCUCCGAGUUUCGUCUUGCUCCGGGGUUGCGAUCGGGGCUUCGCAAGACAGCGUUGAACAGGACGGACAUGCUACCCUUGAAGAGCGUGAGCUGAGUGGUCUGCCUGUGUUGAGAACGACUGAGACCUCGAGAAAAGUUUCGGCACCCUCUCCAGAAACGGUCGGAGACGAAGUCUUUGGUGCCGACCCACAGAUUGAUCAGGUGCCGCCUCCUCCAGAAGACACUGACGAGGACUCCGUUUCGGGGCUGUUGUCUCAACCUGUUGCUUCUGAAAGCCCGGUUGAACUGCGAGUUUCUUUGGAGUCUCAAGUUGAAACCCCGGAUGACUUUGUCAUCUUAAAACCCUCUUUGGAUGGUUCAACUCCUGAUCUCACCGAUAUGUCUGAUUCAAGGAACGAGUCGGGAGGUAGCCCUGAGCAAGCGGACCGGUCCAUUCAGCUUGAAUCUCAACGUUGCGGAAUCGAAGAAAGAACUGCGGGAGGUUUGCUAAAUGAUGGUCUGUCUGUCGUGCCUCCUCCACCUGCUUUUGGCCUGAAUGUUUCGGGGGACGUUUCAAUGGACGUCCUUGAACCUGGUUGCGGGGGUACAGUACCUGCCAUGUAUGAAUACCGGGGACGUCGGCGAAGUUAUGCAGCCCCGAUGCUCCGAACCCGCGAUGUCAGUCCAUAUGGAAAGCCUUUGGUUCGAUCCGCUUCUGCGGUGCCCAUUCUGGACGAACCCACGCCCACGAGUGGAGCUCGGGUCCGCCAAUUGUUGCGGGACAUUUCUCGGUAUGAAUCCCUGGCGUCGAACCUCCGGGCGGAGAUCGCCCGUUUCAGGGACGAACGAGUGCGAUUUUCCCGAUUCCAAACGGUGUUGCAGGACAGGUUGAAUGCGGCCGAAGGCGAGAAAGUCCGAUUGAAGUGGUCGGUCCGCCGUGCGGAAGAAGGGCUUGAGGACGUCCGUUUAGAGCUUGAACGGGCACGAGAAAAGGUUCGUAGUGCUGAUCACUUGCAUUUGGAACAUGGACGUCGCAUUGUUGGACUCGAGACGGAACUGCAAGAAGCUCUAAACAAGGCGUCUGAACAAGAAGCUAAGUAUGAUCGUCGAAACACGGAUUAUAUCGCGCUUUCCAAAGAAGUUGAUAGACUGCGGUCGUUGGUCGGACCGACGACCGUGACCGGGGCGCCCACCGACGCUGAAACCGUGUUGAUAGCGAGGGCCGAGCAAGCUGAGACGCGCGUUCGGGAGUUGAUGGAAGAGUUAAAGUCGGAGCGGAUGCUCUCGACCUCCUACACGAACGAAAUCGAGCGGCUUAUGCAGGCGAACCAAUCUAUGACUGCCAAGCUGACAGCAGAUGGAGAUCACCAAACCGAAUGCGCUCGACUGAGAAUAGAGCUCCAAACGAAACAAAAGUUCUGGGUUGAUAAACACGCUGACCUCUCAACGCAACUUGCCGAACUCGCCAACACGGCUUCACUGGUUCCUGAACUGCAAGAACGGAGUCGGAAGUUGCACGAACAAAACCAGGAGUUAGCUGAAGAUUUGAAAGCGAGCGAAGAACAGGCUGCAGCUUCGGCUUGGGAGCUUGCGAAGGCGCGGGAGACUUGCCGCAAAUUUUCAGAGGAACACGUGCCGUUGCCAGCUGUGGUCCCGAUCUUAACGGCCCGCCCGACCGGAGCUGCUCCUACCAUCCUGGAAACUGCGUUGCAGCGGGCGAAUAACGCUGAAAAACAGCUUCUUUCGACGCGCUCCGAAAACGCUCAAUUGCGUGCUCAGAUACGUGCCGAGAAACUUCGUCUCGCAGUUUCGGGUCCAAACCCUCCGGCAGUUCACUUGACACUCCCGGUCGGAGACGAUGGUGACCCCUUUGCUUCACCUCGGUGCUCAGCUCAUGCGGGAGAUGCAGCGAAAGAGGCCGAUCGAGAGAUGAGCUUGAUCUCCCCGCUAGAGUCGAUAGAAACACUGCAGAACCAAAUCAAAGAACUGACCCUUCGAGUCGAGGCUGCUCGGGGACGGGAGAAGGAGGCCCUCGCGGCGAAGGACUUGUUGGUGCAAGACCACCGGAGUCGCAUCGAUCGGUUGCUGGCCGACCACCAGGACAGGGUAGAGCGGAUGCGUGAAGGGUUUGAAACAGCUCAUCGUGCUUCCGCGUCAGUAGGUUUGGACAAACAGUUGCAGGACUCGAAGUUAGAGUGCCGGUUACUGCGUGAGCAAGUGCUUCAACUCCAGAAUCAAGUUCGGGACAGCGAUUCCGCUCGUGUGGUUGAUGUUGCCCAAUACCGGAAAGAAAGUACCGAGUUGAAGGAAACCCAAAUGCGGUUGGCAGGUAUUAGUAACGACCUUGAUGCUUCCAGAACCGCUUUGCGCGAAUUAGAGGGACAAUAUUCCCUUCUACAAAUUUCUACGGUCCCCAAAUCGGCGUUAGAGUUGUCGGAAGCUCGAAAGGAAAGAGCAGAUGGAACCGUUUCCACUCUCACCGAUGAACUUCGGGAUUUGCGCAAACGGUUCGAACGAGUAAGUGCUGACAAUCAAGCUGCGACGUCCGCUCUCACCGCGCGGGCGCAAACGGCCGAGGACGAAGUUGUGGCUUUACAGGAACUACGGGAACAAAACGAAAAGUUGCAUCAAAGUGAACUCUCGAAAAGGGACGUUGCCUUGGCUGCCCUUCAAGCCGAGAAGGACAGCCUUCUGGAGAAGACUCGAAAUGAACUUUCACACCUCAAGAAACAGCUCAAACAGAGAGAGCGUGACUUUUCCCGUGCUAGUCGCCCGGCGGGGAAUUCGCCUCCGACAACCGACGGUCUGCCGACCUUGUCCCCCCGACGUUCCCUGUCAGCAGGAGUUGUUUCGGCGGGUGUGGGUGGCGCUUCAUCGUUGGCGAGCCUCCCACCUGGACUGCCUAUGGUCACGGCGACGGCUGUAACCCCUCCACUUGCUGCUGCUUUGCCGCCGACUAUGCCGCCCGGUUCUUCAACGCCUGGGUUUGGAGCAACACGUCCGACAGCGCCAACGGGAGAUGAACCCCAACAGGGACAGCAUUGGAAGGGAGCCAGCGUGGGUCAGCAAUCCGAUUUCGUUGUCGAUCCCGCUUCGGGAUUUCAGUGGAACUUAGCUGCUUCUUCGGAUCUGCGGGAAGAAAUCCCUGAUCUCCGUGCUCCUCCUUCUGGUCGAUUAUUUCCUCCGCCUCCGCCGCCGGCUCGGCAGCCCCCAGGUCUUGAGUGGGUUCCGCCACCACCACCGGUGGUCUCUGGACUUGAAGUUGAGCUCCAACGUGUCAAACGUGAAUUGGAAGAGGCCAAAAAGGACCGACAGUCGAUUGCUGAUUUGAAAACCCAAAUCGGGUCCGAACUCAAAGCGCACCUCGAGACUGCGAUCAAACCUCUGUAUAACGCAUCUGGACAAGCUUCCUCUGGAAAUGCGUUUCUGUUGGAAGUGCCGGCGAGCUCUUUGGUGACUGGCGGAUCGCAGGUGGCCGAAACACCAGUUAAGAGCCCCGGCGACCUACGACGGGCGAAACAUCUGGUUGAUAGCACCGUUGAGAGCCCUGAAUCGGCCCUCGAGACCCUCUGCCAACAAACCCGUGAUUCGUUGGCAGAGCUUCCACCUGGACAAGUCGCUUUGCCGUCGGAAGUUGUGGAGGCGCAGUGUUUGCGAGACAGCCUCAUGCCUUCUUCGGUUUCCCGCCCUUACCCGUGGUACAAAGGAAAAGGAAAGAAGCCGCAGUUUGGAGCGGAGACCAAACCUGAAACACGGAAGACACGCCGGAAAGAACGGGGUGCAAACUUGCGCCAGGCGUUCGGUGGGACGUGCGACGAUGUUGAAGAUGCCGCCCUUUCAAUGGAAGAUAGUGAGUCUUGUUGCUCAAGCUCCAGUGCUCUCACGCCGGGCUGGGCUUACACAGAUCCGUUUCCUGAAUACGAACGCCGUCUUGGUGUCCGCCUCGCCGAUGCUUCUGGAGGACUUAAGGGUGGUUGUGAUCCCGAACACUUGCAGCAAUAUACUCGAGCCAAAGACGAGUUACGUUACCUGCGUAAAAUCCGUUCGGACCUCGACCCUUCUGACACCCAGUGCUUUGCGGGAGGGGUUGAUGAGUGUGUCACCACGAAUGUUACCGCCCGCCGCGGGACCGCAAUCCCGGUUGCUUCCCCGGGUUCCAGUUACCAUUCGUUGUUUGCUGCUCCUAAUGACCUUUCUUCCUUGCCUGCUGCCCCUCCGACGUUUGGGAUGAUUCGCCCGAAUACGCAAGGUCCGUGGGACUACCGUCGGAUGGCUUGUGUCGACUCGGACUUGCCUAGACGCUGGCCUGUCCGACAAAGUUUGGCAGCUUUACUGGGCGAAGCGUAUGCACAAUUAUUUGAUGACGAUCUUGGUUUCAAGAGCGCCGGUAGCGGUGGUGUCUCGGUCCCUCCUUUCCGAGCCCAAGUUGUCAACCACACCCGCGAUAGUUGGGGACGACACCAGCAGUACAUGUCUGACUUGCGAGAACGCAUCCAACUCUACCGUUCGCAGAAAUUCCGAAGGGAAAUUUUGAACACGGGUUUGGAGCUCAAAUCCGAAGAAGCCCGACAAGCUCUUCGACGAGCUGACUCGGUCCAGAUGCGACAUGCAAACAAACUCGAACCGUUUUUGGUUUUCGAGACGGCUUUGGCCCUGAUCUGUCAUUUCCAGUAUGACCAUUUGCUGAUGGAGAUUCAACAAGAAUUCUAUUUUGAAGUUGAUAAUACGGGUUUUGCGGCCCGGACGGCAAUGGGCGAAUGGGCUACCCACUACUACACAACGGAGGACAAACUGGACCGCUUUGGUUUCGGCAUCCGCGAUUACACAUAUGGAACGGACAUCUUCUUCGCCAGGUGUGCCACUUUCCAACCUAAUUACCUCAUCGGGUUGGUCGCAAAAACAGUGCAGCGGACGACGGACGAACUUCUAAACGAGCCUCUACCACGUGACUCGAGAGAUCGGCACGCCACGGAUCAACAUGAUAAAGUUUUCGGUGUUAGUCUCCGGAAGUUGGUGAGAUAUUGCAACCAGAACGCCCAAGUUACGCGUGUUAUGGGGCUGGACGUCCACUACGCCCCCGCUAACCGCCGCGGCCGACAUCGAGGUUAUCAAGGUGGCGAUGAAGACCCUGGUGACUGCACCGACACAGUUUUUUGCGCACCUCUUUGUCCGUAUAAUAGUUUGAACCCACACGUGUAUGGACAUUGCGUUGUCCCGUUUGCACCCUCCGCACUGGCCUCAAUGCCCGUUGAAACCCUUGGUUCUUAUGGUCCUGGUGGGUUCGGGUCCAUAGAUGGUAACGGUACACUUGCGCUGAUGAAUGGCCCAAGCGGGUUGCAUAGCGAAAACACCUCGUACGACGCGCUUGACGUGGAAGAUGACCCCGCCGAAGAGUUUCUAUCUGUCACAGCGGAUUACAUGUUCGCAGAAGUACUUGUUGCAAACGCCUGGACCGAAUACGCUGCCAAAGGAGGACCAAAAGGUGGGAAGAAAGGAAGUGGUAAACGCGGGCCCGGGAAAGGUAAGGGACCUCGCGAGAGCCCUAAAGGCGUCGGGAAAGGCAGUUCGGAAAACCGAGUCCGAGGUGACUCCCGGUCUCGAGGACCAGUUGUUCGGUGUCAUUCAACCCUCCACUCGACCGCGGAUCACGAUGCGUCCGAUUUGAUUGGCGGCAUCGGAAAAGCAGCGGGCGUUGUGACGACCGUUACCCAGGACUGCGCUGAUUGCAAAAUUCAUCACAAACUUAUGUACAUCACGUUGGGGGAUGGAAGUGGAGGGCGGCGUUCCCUUUGCCCGACGGCGCUUCGGAAAGUGCGCGCCCGGGCCAACCCGGACCACAACGCGUCCAACCUCCUUUGCAACCGGAUCGCGCCUACUAGUUGUCCUGGAGAGUCUCUCGUAGUCCGAGCUGCCACAAUCGCGGCUGCUGGUGGGUCCAAAAAAUGGUUGGACGAGAGCCGAAACUCGGAAGUCAAGAAGAUUUUGCAGGAGUGCAAGCUGUACGACAUCGCCUUGAGCAUGGGUGCAAAAGCGCAUGCGUCCCCUAAUGUCGACGGCCUCAAAACGAUCUUGACCGAACAGUCUUCCGACACCUUUGCCGCUCUUUUGGAAAACGUUCUCGCUCUUGCUGAGUUGGACGGUGAUGACACUGAUCUUGACAACCUCGGAAGUCCGGAUUUGUUUUCACAAAGUCCUUCGACGGAAACCGGUUCGGAGAGUUUCAAACUUGGAGUUGUUCCGCCACCAAACUAUGUUCCUGUGAUGGCAGACCAACCUCGAGACCCGACCUUUGGGUUGAUGGGUCAUGGGAAUCUGGACCCGAUUGGGGCGUUUUUUGCUGGUAACCAGUUUUCGAUGUACACCCGCGGUUGUUGUGACUGUCGCUCGCAUCUGACGCCGGCCAAUUCGGGAAACCUAAGGAAUGGGCAGGAGACUUCGAUGGAGUCUGUCUCAGUACAUCAACUCGCUUGUCGCUUGCGAGACGUCCCGAUGGAACAUAACGUACCGGUUGAUCCCGAAUCUCGGAAAGUUCAAACACAGGCCCUUCGAGCCGGUAAACCGUUACCGCAAAGCGCUUUCGUCCCUCCACCUCCUCCUAACGCGUGGAUCGACAGGGACACGCGAGUCUUCCCAGGAGUAGGGUCGUUCUCGGUGGCAAGAUCAGCCCAACAACCUCCGCGGGACCCAUCGGCGGGUUUUGACGACCGCGUGGAAGCUCUGGGCGACUCACAGCCGCUGUAUCGCAGCUUCAACUUCACCGACACUUAUACGGCUUUUACCGAGAUGUUGGCUGCCACCACCGAAUUCGUCGAUGUUGUUUCGGGGCAAGAAGCCGCUGACCCUCCUCCUGGAAAUGAACCGGCUACUGUUGAACCGGAAGGUGCCGACGACGUUCCGUUCGAACUGUGGUCCCGGGGAAUGGUGAAAGCGUUGGUCGCAGAACUGUGCUAUUGGAUGCAGACAUCUGACAGCUUUGAAUUCUUUGUUGCCACCUGCUGGGAUGCACGAUCUCGGUAUAUCACAGUUGGUCUGUUGUCCCAAGUUCGCCUCCGUUUCUUUGCCUCUCCUGCUUGGUUGGCCCAAAAUUAUUGGUUGCGGGUUUGCCAACAACUUCGGGGAACUUGCUUGGGACUUGCAUUAAACAAACCCGAUUUCUUAACUAGCCCAGCUGCAGAACCCGAACCACGGUUCCAGAUCGGUGAAUUUGACCGCCCGGCCGACCGGUUGCCUCUCACCUCUGGAUUGGAUUCCGAAGCCGAACAAAAGGGUUGCUGGGAAUUCUUGCGGGCAGCUGAUUGCCGUUUCAUGCCCCUUUCAUCGCUUCAUCCACCUUCUAGAUCGGGAUGUCUGCCUCGAGUUGCAUCGGAGGGUUCCGCAGUGAUACCGCCCGCCUCUCACCCGGCGACUUGGUGUGAGGACCUCGAUCUCGAUGCGCGAUCGCCUUUAAUGGUUCUGACCAAUUGCUCUCGAAUCCGAAAGGGCGCGGAACACCUGUCAAUACAACAUCUCUUGCCCAUCGUUUCGAUCAAUGGGCCCGAGUCGAAUGACUCCGUUUGUUGCUGGUUGCAUAGCAAGUCACCCACGCCUCCAGCAGACAAUGUACAGGUUGUUGCUGUUUGGCGACUGGAUAACCGAACGUCCUGUUCCAAACGGCUUUGUGACAUCCUUAUCACCCGCAAAACAGAUCGCAUUAUUGUGAUCGCGGCAGUUGCGCAUUUCGGACAAGUCGAAACUCUGGUUACUCGAUUGCGCCGGGAAGAAAGUGACCACCGGAUUGUCCUGAUCCCGACUUCGAAACUUGAAUAUUUGUCUGCUACGUUGUGCUGGAAACAGAUCAUUAGGACCUUGUGGCCCCGAUAUCAGGUGGACUCGCAGAACAUGUUGGGAAUUGACCCUCCGUUGAUAAGCAAUACAACCUUUCCAAUGCCGACGCCCCUUUCUCCAAAUGCGUUCCGAACAGACGAGAGUUCUACUGGUUUGCUGCGCCGCGGGGUCCGCUACCAUUUGUUCACCAAUUCUCGAUCGUGGGCUUCUAGCCAAGCGCGAUCGCUGUUCCAACAAUAUGGAUACAUGAUUGACCGCCAAACGUUUUCGCAAACGUCGGCUGGUGGUUACUCGUUACACCGAGUUCAAGUCAAUGGCCGCUGGCCGCUCGUGAUUUGGGACUUGACAUUGUCUGCGGAACCCCGACAUCGCUCCUUUUGGGACUGCGCGCGUUCCCAGCAGUUGCGAACUGCACAUGAUUUGUGUGUUAUCGCCGACCCGUGCUCUCGGCUUGCAGCGCCAGAAUGGAGCCAGCAGGGCAACUUGCUUCGUUGGGUACCGGAGUUAGAAUACCAAACGCUCGAGCAACAAGCGUUGUUUGUCAUGAGGGUUGAAAAAAGUUAUGCUGCUAGUGGUUCAACAACAAUUGCGACCACUGCGGUGGCUCCGAAUGCUGAGCCAACGGCUGAACUUGUCGAUUUCGGUGAACUGUCUCCUGUAACUGACGUGGAUGAAAGUGGCCUUUCGCAAAAUUCCGAGUUAUUGCGCCUUCGUAGCGGUGACUUAAAGACCGAGAUUUCCUGUGCUCAAACCUGCUGCGCACAGAGCGCAUUGCGAGAAGUUAAAUGCCUCCCUGAGGUCGAAACGACAGCCCAUCCUCCUGUAGACGAUCACCUGGUUUCGCCGUUUCAAGAUAUCUUUGCGAAACUCUCUCGACCUGCACACCUACCGCCACGGCGUUCCGAGGGUGGACACCAAGGAUCUCAACAACCUAUGGUCCGAUGCCAGCACUUGCCCGAGGCCCGGUCGUCGAGCGAGUCGAACCGAGAAGAGGAACUCUACUACACACCACGUGAACGUGGCGUCCGACUGUCGUACGACACAUCGUACAUCUUGGUUACUAAUUGUGCGGCGGUCGCGUCCCAAGUUGACGUCCUCGAAGAUGCCGGUUACACCGUCAAGGAAGUUUUCCGACAACGGCACCGAGACGUCUAUCAGCUGGACGAGGUGAGCCCGCAGAUCCGCACGUCCACCCGUAGUCGUCCAGAUCGCCCAACGAAGAUUUUGGUGGUCUGGUCGUUCGAUAACCAAAUACCGAACUCGUUCGUCUUCGACGCUGCGUUUGAGCUACUCAGAUACGAACACGAUCUCGUUCUCGUUGCUCCUGAAAACCAACUGUCUCUGAAUCGUUGGUUUGAGCAAACAUCCGAUGCGCUGGAAGUUUCCGUCGUGCUUCCGCCCCCGGGUGGAGAUGCGCCGAGCCGCGGUCGACAUGUGUGGAGGUCUGUCUUGGAACAGUGCGGCACCCACCUGAAAUAUUGGCCUGAGGCCUCUGCACUGCGCCUCCCGAUCUCUGCCCUUGAGUCCGUGCAACGUUAUGCCUUGCCACUUGGCCCACCGAUAAAUGGAGCCACAGUGUUGAAAGGAAGUUUGUUCCGACGAAAGCAGGUUCGAGCGGAUUACCAAGUGGACGUGGUUUCUUCGGAAGGUGUUGUGUUGUUGCGCGUGCAAGGUGGAAUCAACGAGAUUGAACUGCGAUAUGCUUUUCCGACCUUGGAUCCGGCGGUCCUGGCGACAGUUACUUCGGAACCAGUUGACACAACCCAAGUAGUUGAUGCGAGGGAUGCAUAUGUGGAUUGUGCAUACCGCGCGGCUCACUACCGCUCGCCUGAAACCCGCAAAGCUGCGUACCGAACCCGGCGUGCUUUGUGCCGUCACCCUUGGCGGCACCCGCUCCCAGAAGCAGAUCCAUGCUACUUUCUGUGUUGGGUGUGCCUUAUCUGGUCUGCUGUUUGUUGGAUUUUCACCGCUUUAAUCGAGUGUAACGCAAUCGGCUUCGCCAAUGCAUUUGGCGCCCUCUGCAUUUCGGCCUGGUUGUACUGGCACCCACAGGACGCGGAACGAAGUGCGGGAUGCGGUCUCGCGGUGAAUUUGACAUAUCGCAUUGGCUCCGGCUGUGACGAGCUCCGAACGAAACUUGGAUUCCAGCGACAGACGCAACUUGCACAAGAUGCCACGGGUAAAACCGGUGAAUAUUCUGUCGAUCCUCUCGGUAACCGUGUUUGGGUAGGAAUUCCUUACGGGAAUAAUGGUGACGUUGUUGUUACACUGAUGCUCCUGGAUACUGGCUGCUUUGUAUCCCUAUAUCUACUGGGGCACACACUUGCGAACGCAUAUUUCCUAGCAGCGUAUGGCAUUGGUUUCCUCACGAUGCAAGGAGUGACAGAACUUGUCAACUUAGGCGCACCGACAGGACCUCUAAAAGAAGUGCUCCGAUAUGCUCACCUUGACCUGCAUUUUGCGGGUUGGCUCAAGAACGUAAAGGGCGCCUACGAAUGGUGGCGCAUCGGGCCGGGCGAACCUCGGAACGUUGUCCCUAUCGGGCCUGCACCUGGAGCAGGAAGGUCUCUAGUCGGGAACUGGACGUUCCAAACGUUAAACCGUACUGGAAACCCUAUCUGCACACCUCCUAAGAAAUGGGAAUAUUUGGGACGUGGGAUGGGAGCAAUGGCCGUGUCAUGGCUGUAUCCAAGUGACAGCCUCAUCGGAGGGCAUCAGUUGAUGAUGCGGCUCGGGUAUCAGAUGCCGUUUGCAGGUGCACCCGGCGACUCGAUCGGGUGCUACGUUUUUCAACGGAUUUUCCACGAGGCCUCGAAAACAUUGGUCUCCAAUUUCUUUGUACCGCGGGCGCCAGCGGGAGCAAAAAAUCACGAUUAUUUCCAACAGUUUUGUGAAAAGCGUAAGUUGAACGUGAAGGAUAAGAACCAUAAGAAACUUGCAGUCGCAGAACUCGAAAAAUGUGGUACCCCUGUCGAUGCGCCCCAACAAGUUCGCGCCUUGUACACUGUUAUGCAGGGAGACGAAAGGGAAGUCGAUAUUGAGACCAGUAGUCCCGAAACGUGUCCUCCGACGCCGGAAACGAGAGCGGCCAACAAUGGCUCCACGAACGUCAUUGUCCAACCAAAAACGACAACUCAAGAUGCAACUAUCUCAACGAGUAGUGCAACCAGAGUAACGUUUGGAGACACUUCGUUUGAACAAUAUGGCCCGGAGUUGCUCCCACAAGUCCCGCCAACUGUUUUUUCGAACUAUUCCGCCGCCGAGUUGCCGCCCAUCGAUACAACCGCGCUUUCCCGAAUCGAAGGCACCUCCUUCUCUUCAUUCUGCUCCCACGGUGCUAUGGCGUAUUCCGCGGUGCUAGUAGAUGAGGAUGGUGAAGCCACGUCUGCUGCUUGCUCCACGCCAGCUUAUGCUUCAGCCGUCACUGCCGAUUUUUCAGAACCGGACGUCGAGGCCACGUACAUGGAUGAUCUUCUGUUUUCGGACGAUGAGGAUUCCGGUAAAGAAUACGACGAGUACCGUGCGUCGCUCGCAGAAGACUCGCAGCCCGGCGUCGACGACGCACUUGGGAACAAACUACACCCACAACAGCGAAUGGCUGCGUUCAAGUGGGUGCAAGACCCCGAUCACACCCUCCGUUUCCGCAACAGAUGGCAACCGCACCUCUUGCGGGGGAGUGGCUGUGGAUUGAUCGUUUUGAUUUUCCUGUUGCUGUUCUCACUUGCCCAGGGGUUGGUGCACGAGAUCCGCAAGCCGGUUUCUAACUCCGCGCAACCGACGAAUCAAGGCGAAAAACCCACAACACCGAGUGUUCCAGUAUGGAACGAUGAAACUUGUUCUGAUGCGCAUUUGGCCGCACAGAUGCUCCGCGACGAUAAGACCGAAGGAGCGGUCCAACUGGAUAACGCAAAAGGAUACUUCCAAUGGUUGCUGUCACAACGUUUGUAUCGGUUCAUGACCUGGGUUUUCGCGCAUCGCGUAGCACAACCGUUGAGGAUGUUCCUAGGCUGGUGCCCUGCACCUCAGAUUUUCUGUGCGGGAACCCAAACCUUUUUCGGACGACUCCGCGAUCCUGGACUUACACAACAGGAUACAGAAACCCUGUUCGCGAAUUGCUCGGACGACACGCUGGAUGAUACCGACGCGCGGGACCGUCUUGAAACCGCUGUCAAAGAGUUGGCCGAGGGUCCUCGCAGCUCCGGGUUUAGUGUGUUCCAACAAGGGGAUGCCCUCUUGGCAGGCGAGGCAGGGUCGACAACCCGACAACACCGACAUGUUGCUGCUUCCCACGACCACGUCCCAGACCUCCAACCAAGCCUUUCCGAUGAUGACUCAGAUUACGAAGCUUCCUCAAACCCAGUCCGAAUCAAUGGGCACAUUCCGGUGACCCCGCUCCUCGAAUUCCGUGAUGACCGUGGAAUAGAUUCAGACUCGACAGUCGAAUCAGCUGAAGAAACCGAAGCGGAAGUGCGACCAUCAAUGUGGGCACAAAGAUUGUUGAACUGCCUUAAACCUCAGGUUCCGGCGCAACAGUUUUUCCGACAAGACCCGCACCUCCCACGUCGGGCUGACCAGAGGAAAACAGCAGAGGAGAAGAUCCGGUUCUUGGAAAUGCACGUUCGUGGACGUGAGUUCUUGAUUCCGUAUGUAGACGAUUUGAGUUUUGUUUUCAUGUUUGGGCUCCAGCUCCUUUACCGUUUGGCGAUCACAUUAGUGCGCAGCAUCCAGACCGGUUGCGUUUUCUCGUUGAAAAAGGUCAUUAUUGCCCAGAUCGUCGAUGCUUUAGGAUGGAGAAUCGACAUCCCUCGCCGUUGCCGGAUCGUCGACCCUUCGAAGGCUGCCGCAAUCCGGGCGUACAAGUGGGAGGCAGUUUCUUCUAGUGUUAAAUGCCUCACCCAGUUCUUGGCGAUCGCGUCUUAUUUGAGAGAUGCGUUCUAUCACUUCGAUACGGACUAUUUGGCAUCGUUCCAAGAACCUAAGAAACACAAAUUGAUGGCAAAGGACGAGAAAGCAAAAGCGGCAUUUGAAAAACUGAAGGACUCGCUCUCAUCAACAGUGGAACAUUCGGAAAUUGAUUUGGUGGGUGCACGAGGUUGGCAUGCCGCCCCUGCUGGACAUUGUGGGCUUUUGCGUGUUUCCAUCGAUGCUUCCCUUACGAGAGUUGCGUGCUUCGUGGUCCAGCUUCAACUCAUCGCCGGAGUUUGGACGAGUCGACUUGUACUAGCAGCUUCAAAAAAAUUCUCGAAGGACCAGAAACGGCGAAUCGGUGCUCACUCGCUGCACGCCGAAGUUCUCGCAUUGCUUUUCUGGGUGCGGAUCGUCAGACCUAAGUUGCCUCAGGUCGCAUACAUACUUCAUUUCGAUAAUAGUGUGUUGUCGUUAAGCCAACUCUGGUCUGUGUGCUCAAAUGGGACCAUUAUGCGCUCGUUGCUGGCUGCAGUCACCGAGAUCUUGUCAGGGCUUUCACAGGACGAAUGCUAUCUCGCAAACGUACUGCGGGACGCGAACAUCGCCGACAAAGGGACUCACCAGGAACCGCUCAAAGAAGAAAUACGACGCGAAAAAUUCCAAGACCUUAUUGAUUUGGUGAAGCAGUUAUAUGGACAUGGGAAAAUCGCACCACAACCUGCAAAGACGGUCAAAGAAGAGGCGGUCUCGGCAUUCCGGCGGUAUUCUGUGUGCUCCGUGGCUCCGAAUGCCACCCAUACACCGGUUGAUCAUGGUUUGAAAGGUCUCCUUACGGCCUGCCAGCUUUGCUCAACACACACAAUCCGUAAGUCGGUUUUGCAGCCUAAUCUCGCAACCCGGCAUCUGCUUUGCAUCCGAGAGAUUGGCCAAUACUUACCGGCGCAAAGAGUCUCCGUGCAGAUCGCGUUCGCCUCAACGAUCACCGAAGUCACUUGCUCUCCUCCAUUGACCGUCCUCUCAAUUGAGGAAAUCGAGCAAGGAGUCGAGUUUGUCGUGACCGCGUUGGGUAAUCGACCCGUGUCGGUCACACCAAAAAUCCUUGUGACAGACCUCACAACCGGGAAACGACUGCAACCGCGGUUCCUCGUAUUUGUGCAGCUUGAGAAUUACGACGCCCACGAAACCGCAGAGACACCAUUCCCGACAGAAGAUGUCUCGCUGGCGUCGUUCAGGCAUUUGCAGCCCGAAGUGCAGCUGAACGUCCGCGAAUUUCGGUCCAAGAUUACACAAAAUGCGACUGGCGAAGAGAUAAUCCAACGGAUGAAAGAACGAUUGGACAAAGCCCGCAACCGUCGGACCGCCGACUCCUUUAAGGAGUGGCACGAUCGAACAGCCAAAAUUUUAUUGCAGAAAUUCGAAAAGACGUUGCCUGUUUUUUUACGAUUGAUGGUGGUUAAAGUCUGCCUUGUGCUUGGAGAGGCCCUAUGGGCAGAGGGACAAGAAUUCCCCACCAUCACGAUUGCACGAGCAUACCACCCCCCGAAGCCUCAAUACACUUCGUGGGGCAAAUUCCGGAAAAUACAACUAGAAGGCAUUCUUGGCCGCAUCCUUCAGUUCCACUUACUGGAGAUGCUCCUCGAGGGUUUGUUGACCGAUCAUGUCUCGUUCAUACAUGGAGUCCCGAUCCACAUUUCCGCCAUGUUCCUAGCAGUCCGACAAGGAGAUCCACUUGGGCGAUUAAUUUGCGAAGCAGUAGAACUAAAUCGCGGCUUUAUGCCAGCGGUGUUGCCGUUAUUCUCGUGCGCCGAUGUCUGGAGAGAAAUGUUGCAGGGGCUGACGAAGGUCACAGCAAGUGGAUAUAACAAAUUGAAAAAUUCAGAGAGGACGUCGCAAUGUUUGACAACGAUAACACCACUUUCAGCACAAAACUUCGAAGAACGAAAGACGGCUGCACCGCGCGAAAAGCCUACCGUUCCCGUGACAUUCCCGCUAAAAAAACCCUUGUCCUUGUACGUAGGUCGGGUUGGAACGGAAGGGCAGGACAGUAUCGCAUUGUCGAUUCGUCCAAAAUACCCUUUCCCACCGGAAGGGCGACGUGACCUGCGGUUUCGGGGGGUGUCGGACGAGAACAGCCCUUACAAACGAUUCAAAAGAAUUGUUUCAUCGUUGUUCCCAACCGCACAACACCCGCCACGACCGACAGAAUAUGUUGUGUACGAUAUGGUCCAGGGAGCUGAAACACAAGCGCAGUGGGAAGCGCUUGCCAGCCGGAGAGGUGGAUAUAGAGUCUCGCUCAUGCCUGCUGGGACCCGGUGUUUUGCGGGGUUCCCGUAUGCGGGAUUUGAAUGUGCAAGUUGUACCUUGACACAAAUCGAUGGCAACGCCCAUUACUACAUUUGCGGGCGGACUAUCGACGAAGAAGACAUUCGACGAGGUGUCGGAGUGCCAGACGCGGGUCGACCACGCGAAACUGUUCCCCGACCGCCGCCAAUACAGAUCGGCGCCGCACCUGAUGAGCCCGAACAACAUGACCCACCACCUCAGGUCGAAACACCUGUGGUCGACUUACCGGCAGACACCCAUACAACGACAACAGAUCCAACAAGUGGACGUCGGAAGCGUGUUGCGGAUAUCGCGGCCACAAUAUGGCAAGAUGCACCUGACCAAUGUGGUGGCACCCAUAACCACGACUCCGUUGAAGCGUGGGCAUGGAUAAAAUUAUAUAAGACCGCGUUCCCAGAAACACGACUACAAACGGUGACGGCUGUACAGGUCCACGACCACCGGGACCAGCAAGAGGAUUUCAGGCAAGACAUUAUCUAUGCAGAGGUCCCUGAUUCCUCCGUUCGCGUCGCGGUGCUAAAGGAUGCGAAAGUGCUGUACUUUGGGUGUAUUAUUCCCGGAUGUGUGAAAAUCGUUGGCCGCGGUAUCGAAACUCAGACACCGUGCAUGGUUGCAUUUUACCAACAUAGACCCUCCUACACACUGACGCUUCCGGGAGAUCUACUUCAGGCGAUUACACAAGGCUCGCGAAAAGAACUUGCGCAUCUGUUCGACAUCGAAGAUGCUCUUUCUCGCGGACUCACCGAAGAGAAAUUAACGUCGGCAUUGCGACGAGCGAGGCAAGCACGAAAUGAAAAAACGAAUGACAGAUUGUUGCGACAACUUAUUGCUGACGCGCGGCGGUUUGCGAUUGAUGGCGGAUUAGUCUACGUUCAUCGCGCGCGACGCGGAUGGUUCCUUUGGCUUCCACGAACAGUCGUCCCACAAUGCCUCGGAGCAUCAGAUGUCAGCGUCUUGCGACAGGUGCUUGAUUUUGUACAUACGUCCCGUUUCCACGAGGGACCACUUGGCUUGGCACUGUUACUCGGACAACGCCGAUUAUUUCAUGACGAUGUCCUCAAAGUCGCGAGGGAACUCGUCGAGUAUUGCCUUGAGUGUUUGUACACGUCGUCGCACAAACCUGCACCGGGCGUGCCCCGCGGCGACCACACCACAGUUGGAUUUCCAGGGACUACCUUGUUCAUAGAUUACAUGACGCACUUGCCGCGAAGUUCCGCAGGAAACACGUGCAUUUUCACAGCUGUCGACGCCGCGUCACCGGUGAUGUGGGCCACAGCGCUCCCAGAGGCUACGGCCGAAGCCGCGGCUCAGGAGGUAUUCAGAAUUAACAAAUACGCUGAAUUUGGGGGAUAUACCGAAAUCCGGUGCGACAACGGAUCACAUUUCUUACAAGAAUUCGAAAAACACCUGCGUCGCCUCCACCUUUCUGAACUAUCAAUCGAACCUCCUCAAAUCGCAUACGGUGCCGCUUACCAACCCGAAGCGCAAGAAGUCGUCGAAGCACCACAUGCGGAGGUUAACAAAGGUGUUCGCAUUAACUUGUUUUCCGUCGAUUGCUUUGUCCGGGCCGAAGAAGACGACGGAUUUUCAGCAUGGCAGUUCGAUGAAGAACGAGCAGUAACAGAUUUGCAAAACGAUUCUUCAUGGGACACACGACUGAACGCUGUCGUUCGCCACAUCAUUGACCGACCACGAUUAACAGGAGAUGCUAGUCACAUUGUCGGCUACAGAGGUCGAGGACUCCGCACAGGAUUGCACGAACCACACCUCAUUUGCGAAACCGUUCCACAGGCAACAGCAUCUGAGAAGGGGGCAGAAUUUUCGUUGAAUAUUUCGUUGGCAACUGCGACAAGAGCGGCACAUAGAGAAGCCUCCAACUUGAAGAAACGCAAAACCCGCAUGGCCGAACCCCGCAAUGACCUUUCUAUGUGGUUAGGCCGCGGGCAGUUUAUCGCACGACUACGUCCUGCACCCCGGAAAUGGGAAUCUAGAUACAUCAGACAAAUUUUUGUCAUCACGAGAGGUUGUGCGCGGUCAGCAUAUAUUCAACGACUCGACGGUCGACCGUGCCGGGGCUUGAACCCCAUUACAGCGUCACAAUUGAUUCCGUUGCGACUCACACUAUCACGCGUCCGAGCGUACUUGCGCGGUUCGGGGUGUUCACAAGAAGAAACACAAAAACGCCUCUAUGAACUCCAAAAUCUCGGAGCAAUAUACGAAUCGGAACUCGAGCUGAUUGGCGAGCAGGUUACGUUAUCGGACCAUGUACGAUUCGCAGAGAUCGAAUACAAACGUCACAACAAUUUGCUGAUCGCCGUCUGGAACAUCGAUGGGCUCAACAGAACACUCGAAUCGUUCCCACGAUGGAGACGAUUGUAUUUGCUGUUGCGCACGGCAGAUAUAAUAUUCUUACUCGAAACAAAAAUCGCGACAAGAGACGAAGCCCGGUGGACCAACACGUUACGAGAGAUCGUAAAUGACGCUGCACCACAUGACUGGCAGAUCAAGUUUGCCAGCGCAUUAUUACGACCGGGGAACUUCGGGGUCGCAGCUCUUGCACGAGCUUCAGCAAAAGGAACGAUAAAGACCGAGUUGCUGCAACCGACCGGAACCCAUGAUUUUUGCGCGUCAAUGGAAGGGCGGAUCAUUAGCGUACAAACACCCCACGUUCUGGCAGUCGGUGUGUACUCCGUGAACAGCCGCCCUGGACUCAGACGGCUGGUGACCCGGAAAAUCUUCGACAGGAACCUCGCGCAGUUUCUAAACGGAUUACGCGAUGAUAUCGGUCGAGAAACCCCGAUUGUCGUGGCUGGCGACUUCAAUGCACUACAUAGUUUGAAUCGAGAAGGAAUCUCGGAAAAUGCUCCCCGGGUAGAUGAAGAAGGAGCUCUUAUCCCGUCGCUCACGCAGGAAGAACAUGCGUUGUUCAACGAAAUGCUCGAAGAAACCAAAUUCGAACGAAUACCAAUCACCGUUUCAGAUAAAGCAAACACGUACACGUUUACGCCACCGCGAACGGACCCAUCGAUUGGAUUUACAUUGGACCACGUGUUAGCUUUCGGAAACGUGAAGCCAGGAAAGCCACUCACGCAGAUAUAUCGUUUCAUGCAGGACUCCCAAUGGGAAACAAGCGAAACACCCAAAUUUCCUGUUGGAUUACUAGCGCCUCUCCAUGGCGACCACGGUAGUCUAGUUGCCUCCAUCGCAACAGAUUAACCGCACCACCUUAGACUAUGCCGAAGAGGCGUUGGUCGAUUAUAUGUGAACUGGUAGACGACAUACUCUAAGGUGGUGAUUGGAAGGUGGUAGUCAAAGCUAGACAGGAUCCAGAUAUCGGUCGAAAAGAAGAAAAGCAAAUCAAAACACGAAUCGAAGAUCCGAACUAAAGACGUGCGAAGAAAGUCGACUUCAAACGUGGAAAUUUCAAUGCGUGCAAUGAUCGAAAUCGUGAUCGAAGUCGACCUUGAGUCUGAAACUUGCUGUUUGAUGAUGAAGUAGAAAGUUGAAGUUGUUGAACGAAAGGUUGUGUAUGAAGUUGUUGAGCAUUUCACUUGGAGAAACAUAGAUCGAAAGUAAAAGAGCCUCAACAAAUCCUCACACAACCCAGCCAAACUUAGGAUUGUAAAUCACUUGGUAAGCCCGUCGGCCUAGGUGUAUAUCAUAUAAAUUGUUGAUUGAUCUCCGAUAUUGAAACAUAACAUCCUUUGCAAGCAUAGUUAUAUCCAAAACUAGAAUUACAUAUAGUUGAACACCGUCCAACCAUAAGCUAAGAACUAAACAAGAUAGUUAGAACGUAACUAGUCCGUAGUGAUCAUUUGAAACAUAUCUUGUUUGUACUAUUGUUGCUGACGCCUCCGCGCAGCUGUAAGUGUAACUGUUGACGCCUUCGCGCAACAAAGGGUUAGUCACUGACGCCUCCGCGCAGUGUUGUUAGUAGUAGUUCGAACCACGAAGAACAGUUACAUAGUUGAUCCCAGACCUUCGUCGGGACUUAAACACGACACACCAAAGUGACGUUUUGGAAAGACAUAAACGAACCACAAAGACUUUGAGUUGUUUAGGUUAGGCCUCCGCCAACCCCUUUCCACACCGUGCGUUGCAAGUAGGUUAGACCUUCGUCAACCGAACAAACCAAAGUUGUAGUUGUUGAGUCCAAAGGAGUGGCUACAACGAUAGUGCAGGUCCCAGAGACUCGGUGUUCUGUAUCUAGCUUCCCGCCUUCCAAGAUCCCGAGCAGAGUAUCGCUCAGCCACUUUUACUUAACCACGUAUGCCGUGGGCUCUAUAGUUCUUCCGAAUAGUGUUUCUACGAUCUAGCGCAGAAAAACUUUCCUCCUCAACCCGAUCCACAUCAAGAACACGUUGAAGUCUGACGAUGCUGCAUCGUUUUGGUGCUUGGUGUUGUUGAGUCUUGGACCUCCGGUUCUUUCGAAUAAAGGAUCAGAUGCAGCCCGAUGAUUUUUCAGCUUCCUCAUGAGUAGUUAUAUUCUCCUGGCCUACAACAUGAAGUUAGCUCCUCGAAUGAGUGCAGACUGACACAGGGGUAGUUUAUUAAUGAAGAGAUCAAAAAGAAGCAGAAGGUCAUAGCGUUUUGCUUAGCGAUUUUUCUUCACGAUUUCUUUUGGGUUUAGAUUUAACAAAAUGUUGACUGGCAUACGUCUGCCUAGCCAAUGCAAACACAGGUUCAAACACUGCUGACAUUUUUGAACCUUCCUUCUUUUUUCAUUUGCUUAACAUCUUGUCUUCGCGGUUUCUUUCGUGUUUAUAUUUAACAAAAUGACUGGCAAAAGCUGUCUCUGUGUGUCUGUGAAAUGUUUGCUUUCUCUGCGCCCACCACUGCUGGUGCGUCCUCAGAGGCAGACAGCUUUCUGCAAGCUCUUAGUUUUGAUCAUUUUGAAAUCGAUGGUGCAAAAUAGGUAAGUAGCGUUUAGAAUAGGAGGUUAAUGAACUCCCACCAUCGCCGGGCAGCUUCCUGGAGAACACGUGGGUCAUACUUUUAGUAUACCGCCCGCCAUAACCCCCUUCGCAAAACUUGUAAUUGUAAUUGUAACUAGUUAAGGUAAACACAAACUCGAACACUGCUGAGAAAGGUGUCGCUAAAGCUCUACUUUCUGCUGAUCCUGGUGCUUCGUCUUAUCUCUGUUUUUAAUCGUUGACUAUAUGUAUAUGGAUUACCGGAUUCAAAAACCUUCAUGCGUACGUCCUCCCACUGCCUUGACCCAAAAACUAUAGGAUUGCGCGAAAGCUGUGCAGGCAGAGAAGUAUUGGCGACACUGGAAGCACGUAGCGCGUUUCCACGAGAUAAGUAACAAGUAUACCCGUGCUCGCAUUUCCUCUGAUUUAUUUCUGAGGAGAAGCACCUGAUUGAAUAAUAUACUUAUUGAAUGGAGAACCGAAAACAAAAUGAUAAAAAUCAGAACCAUACGGUCUAACUUCUGAAGAGUGUGGUGAAUUUCACGAAGCGCCACAACUACCAGCACGCAGAAAAGCGGCCCGAUCUCUAAUAAACAAAAACCGCGAUGACUAAUCCACACGUUGGGCGAUAGCGAUAAGUAUCUUUUCAGUCUUUCUACAGCUUUCUCUUUGUGUCUGUGAAGUGUUUGCUUUCUCUGCGCCCACCGCUGCUGGUGCGUCGAACUAAUCGGAAAAUUUGUAAUUGUAAUUGGGCGAUAACGAUAAGUAUGAGCUCAGUUGAUUUGAUAGCACGCACACGCAGGCUCAUUGACGUUCGAAGUCAAUGAGGUCGACAACAUGACUGAGUAUACAGUAGCUGCUAUCCUCGGUUUAUCUUCGUUGACGGACGGCGUCAGCACAGGGGCAGUAGCGAAGAGCUUUGCAGACGCGUCAGCAGUGUGUAAGAUACGCUGCUUCUCUUCAGAGCCUGCUCUUCAAAGAAAGCGCUAGAAUUGUUACCUGAAUUGACAAGGCAGUGAAACUCAGUGCUUAAUGAUUAGGUUGAGGGCGAGACCAUAUUCGAGCAUAGCCAUAUCGUUGUAGAAGAAAGAAAGCUCCACACAUGAACAAGAUGAACAAGUAGCGCAAGAGCGGCAGGCCCAGUCAGCCUCUCGCGUGAGCGCGCAGGUUUUCAGCUUUAUUGUACUAAGCAGGAGGAAGAUUACUUGAGUCGUCUACUUACUCAGUCCGGUGAGAGAGCUUCAGGUAGAACGCUACUGAGAUCUCUUUCCCCUUAAAGCGAUAACCAUACCAGACAGCCUGUGACUAGAAAGACGAAGCUUGAAGCGUCAUCAGUCUGGGCAACCACUAAUCAGCAGUGAUCUUCUCGCCAACGCCUUGCCAGCAUGAUAGCUUGAAGAUGCUUGGUUAGUCUAGAUCAAACGUCAUACCGUUCCGGAACUAGCGCAAGUCGGUUGCUCUUGCGGUACUAGUAUAAGAACGGAUUACCGUUCCCGAACUAGCGCAAGUCGGUUGCUCUUGCGGUACUAGAAUAAGCAUAGAGAGUAAGUGUCAUCAACAAGUCCUCGUUUGUGCUGUUUGUCGGCAAUUUCGUGCGACAUUCCGAGCUGAAGGAACACAUCGUGUAUCCUACUCAGCAGAGUUGGAAGCCGGUAACAAGUGGUUGGUUCUCGUGAAAAAUUCUGACUAAAGAACAAUGUCGGAAUUUCUGCGGCAGUACCUAAAGAAACAGCCAGACCGGGAGAUCAAGUUCAAAACCAGUUUCCACAACACGGUGCUGGACGUUCUGAGAUCAAGAGGCUACAGAGAAACGGACGCUGAGCUCGAUUGGGAUAUCUAUUGGUGCGACAAGGAGUGGAUCCAUGAACAGCUUGACUACGUCCAUUUGCAGGUACUAAGACAACGACCAAGAAGAACGCUAUUUAAAUUAUUUUGUGGCCAUUCAUCUUCGUAGGUUCAGGUUGUAAGCCUGUCUUCGUUGUAUUAAAGGAAAGAUAUCGUCAAUGCUUCAUUUUCAAACAAGAAUGGCGUCAUUGAUAAGUUCAAGAAGCUCUAAAAAAGAAAUUAGAAUACCUCUUGUUAGGCACAUACCUCUUGUUAGGCACAUUCAUUCAUUCGAGAUCAAGUUGUAUAACAAACUUUAAUCUCAACCUCGCACUCUCUUCGCCACAUCAUCCACAGCCGCAGCAGCGCGUGAACCAUUUCCGGAACCACUUUGAGCUGACACGGAAGGAUCUUCUGAUAAAGCACGUGAAGAGAGCGAAGAAAAAUGCGGAGAAAAUAAGGCCCUAGUAUGCGAAUCAUUCGCAUUUACUUAGAACAACUACUUAUACUAUGUGCUAUGUUUAUGUAUGGAUGCGAAUCAUUCGCAUUUAGAAGGCAGUCUGCACUGAACUUUGUGCGAAACUCGCUUGCAAAGUACGCAGGUAGGUUUUGAUUUAUCGGAACUCGCUCACGAUACAAAAAAAGCGGGAUUAAUUGUAUUGUAUUGCAUGGGGAUCCUAUAAUUCGCAUUUACUUAGAACAACUACUUAUACUAUGUACUAUCAUGUAUGGGGAUCCUAUAAUUCGCAUUUACUUAGAACAACUACUCAUGUAAAUGUAUGGCUAUGGGGACGAUCCCUCCUCCUUGCUUCCGUGUACAAGGGAACCCUGUAACAUAUUCAAAAAAUCCCCACGUGCCGCCCACAAGGAUGGAUAUUCUUAUUACAGAAGUAAGAGGUCGUGGUCCUACUCCUAGCAGCUUAAGCUUUAAAAAGAAUGGGCAAUGCUGCGGAAGCAGAAGCUUUCAUGGGCAUAACGCCUGUGACGUACUCACUGCCUCAAGAGUACUCUAUGUUCGUUGAGGAGUUUAAGAAGAAAUCGAAUGGAAAACACUGGAUCAUGAAACCAGUGGGGAAGGCGCAGGGAAAGGUAUAAUUGAUGUUGUGUGUACUUAAGUAUAAUUAUCUUGUUGGCGUUUGCGCAUUUUUUACCGAUAUAAGUACUAAAAGAGAAAUUCGUAGAACUCAAAGAAGAUUCAAGGAAGUCGUAGGUCCAAUCCGAACCGACUAACAUCAUCGUAAGGACUAAAAGAAUUUAGCAUACGUUUACGUAAUCCUAUCCCAUCUUCUUGUUUUUUUGUGAAUUUUUUACCGAUAUACUGAAAUGUAGCAUGCAACAAGAACUUGUUGCUGUACCGUCAGAACUUAGGCUGUUGAUGUUGUCGUGAUCAUUUGCAGACUGAAACCCUACGGUCGUCACGACAGAGGCGAUAUCAGGGGCACAUACAUGACAUAUUAUACUAGAAUAAUUUAUAGAACGGAUCAUGUAGGAUGGACUUGGAUGGAUCGGAUGGACCCCCCUAAGUAAGAACUACGCGCUGUUGUACAACAACGACGAACAGGGUAUAUUUCUCUUCGAUUCGUUGAAGGCUAUUUCAGAUUGGAAACCGCAAGAACCUAGGUGGAGCAGAAUUAAGGCUAGUAUACCUAUAACAAUUUUGGACAUCAUCGCAUCCUUGAUGAAAUGUAUGGGCGAGGAGUAUCCACCUAAGGGAAUAAUACUCUCCCAUAGUACUUUUCAAGGAUGCACUUGAAAGAUGAAUUACGGACAGCUCUAACAGAAAAGCAGACGGAGAGCAUGAGUCCGAUAGGAAAGAAGUAGAGCCCUAUGUAGUUCAGAGGUAUAUCGCAAACCCAUUGCUCAUAGGAGGAAGGAAAUUUGAUUUGCGGCUCUACGUCUUAGUGACUAGCUGGAAUCCGCUUGUGGUACUUGUUUUAUGUCUUCUUAGUGACAAGCUGGAGUCCACUUGUGGCACACCUUAAAAUUAAAUAUUCAGUCGUUGUAUUCGAUAAAUUUAAAUGUGCCAACUCUAGUAACAUUAAGAACAUAAUCAUUAGCACCAAGAACUACAAGAAUUCCUUAAAAGAACAGGUCUACUUACAACCUACUUCUUGUUCCCAUAAUUACAUCAACGCCGAUGGUUCUGGUACUAUUUGGUAACCUGAAUUUGAUCAUAAGGGUUCUCUUCUUGUUUUCCCUUAUGAUCAAACUCAGGCGCUUUACCUCUAGGUGUAGUCUUCACUCUUUUCAAGCACUGUUCUCUCCGCUUCAAAGCUUACAUCAACGCCUACAACAUCUCUCUCUUCCUUUGAACAGGUGUACCUCUAUCGUAGUGGCUUUGCGCGAUUCAGUGGGUCGCGGUUCAGUAUGAAGGCGUCGGACCUCGAGAAUAAUGCUAUUCAUCUGACCAACGUCGCUAUCCAGAAGAAUCAGGAAAACUAUGACGAAAGAAGGGGAGGGAAGUGGGACUUGCAGCAUCUGAAGAGCUAUUUAUACUUAUGUUCAGGGGACCAAGUCUGAGCAACGAGCAACAUGGAGGUCUUCGUAAGUUUAGUGGUUUAGACAUCUGAAGAGCUAUUUAUACUCAUGUUGAGGGGACCGAGACCAACAUCUGAAGAGCUAUCUAUACUUAUGUUUAGUGGUUUAGGCGUUGGCCUCCUGUUCACCUAUCCAUCAAACUACCGAUCACAUCUUCACGAAGUAUGAUGUUCUUCCUUAGUAGCUGAGGUCUCCAUUGUAUUUGUCGUCACAAUGUCAUCUGCAACUGGAACUGUGUCUUCAUCUUGUCAACAUGGAUACGCUCCAUUAUACUAUGGUCUACAACAUCUUCUGCUCCAGUUGCUAUUGUCAACAUGGAUACAUCAUCUUUAGCUAGUACAAUACAACUUCCGCUCCAUCCGCCGUUAGAGAUGCUCCAUACUAGGUCCACCAUCUUUAACAAUCACAGCCUACAGCCGGGAGAGCGUGAAUCAGAUGUUCUACGAUAUCCAGGAGUGCAUAUUGCGAAGCCUGUUUGCCGUCCAAAGUGCCAUAAUUAAGGCUCAACUUAUUUCACUGGUCACGACCAUUUAGAUUUUUGGGGUCACUGAGUCGAUCGAAGGAGGAGACCCGUGCAGAGAGAACAGGGGAAAACGAAGGGAAAAGAAAGGGAGAGGCGUGGGGGGCCCUUUUCUUUCAGAGUCAGUGAACACUGAUUGCUCACCUUUAACAUAAUCUCAGACAAACACUGUUUCGAGCUCUACGGGUUUGAUAUCAUCCUAGCCAGCGACUUGAAGCCAUGGCUUUUGGAAGUGAAUAUUAAGGCUUAAUUACUUAUAGGAGAAUACCACUACUCCACAGAUAUGUCGAGUUCCUACGGGAGAAGAGCAGUCCUAGUCGACAGAUGCAGAUGUCUUACUCCACAGAUAUGUUGGUGAGUUACUACAGGAAGCUCCAGGUUUAGACAGUGAUUUUUGUGGGUUGUUCUGUCUUAUGGUCUAGCUCCGACGAGUCUAAAAAGCGCAGUCCCAGUCUGACAGCCACAACACGAGAAGACUACGAGCUCAAGUUCGGCUUGCUGGAUGACACGUUGACAGUCCUAGACCUGGAAAACUACUUUCGAGGACAGCUCGAGGAUCAGGUAUUAAUAUGUACUUGUUUAAUUUCAAGAUUCAGUACCCUGAGGAGCAGGAGCAUUUAGUAAUAAGUACAACUACCUGAGAUAAUCAUUAUCAAGAAAUGAAUUAGUAACUAACUAAUGAAAGCGCCUACAAUCUAAACAAUUCAUCACCCUCCUCAUUAUCGAAUAAUAAUGAACAGGUACAACAGGAACAGUUUACAAUAAUUGUGAAGAAAGCGCUACUUCUUGGUUGUUCAUUGCCUUUCUAUUGCAACCAAAUCGGUUCUAUCGCUGAAAAAAAAAAUAGUACCAUCUUAAUAAAUAAGAUGUAUGUACCCCUAGAAUGGGUUUACUACUACUACUACUAACUACAGGUCGGCGGCUUCGACCUGAUUUACAAGGCUGGCACGAAAAUAGAACCUCCGGCGCAGGCGAUGUACAAAACGUAUUUGGGAUCCCAUAACAAUCGUCGUGAGCAAUUAAAGCGUCUCGCGCGCGCCGUAGCCGCAAGGCAGGAGAGCAGUAUUGCGGGAGCAUGAGAAUAGCAGCACGCUGCGUUUCUUCAAAAAUCAAAAUUGCUGUGAUCAAAUUUAGUGAAUUUUUGUGUUCAUGAUCUGCUGCCUCCGACAACUCGACAUGCGCGAACGCGUAAUCGAGAUCGGGAAAAAGGAUGACGCUGGGCGCGGUAAUUGUGAUAUUCCUCUCUGUAGUUGCUUCUGUCUAAGUCUAACUGAAUAGAGAAAGUUCCUGUUGUCUGAAUAGAAUAAACCAAACUCAGUAAAGCACCUAUUGUCUACGUCUGAUUUUGCACAGAUACUGCAACCUGUUGUCUAAGUCUGAUUUUGCACAGAUACAACAAACUCUUGUCUGAUUCCCUGUUAUCUGAUUCUGACCACGACUCUUGUUGAAGAUGUUGUCUGUUUCUGAAAUUAGCCGUGUUACGAUGCGCAUUAUGAACCUGCACGAUGCGCAUCAUGAGAAAGUCGAG